ACCAAGCCCGCCGCUCCUCUCGCGUCAACCUCUUAUCAAAACACACCGCGCCCGGGAUCGAUCGCCUGAUAACGUGACUGUGACUCCAGUGAUACAGUGUUGUUGUGAACAUGUGAUUGUCAAUCCUUGGAAUACGGGACGAAUUUUUGACAGCUGACACUUGAUUUUAAAGCUCAGCAGUGAGCGCGUGCGGUGCGACGCGAUGUACUCGUAAACGGUCAUCAUGCGCCUCUUCCGAGGGCCGAAGCGCAGGGAAGUGACCGGGCCGCGAGCCGCAGCGACGCCGGCGCCGUCUCCGUGCCGAGACGCCGCUGGCGCCGGACCCCGCCCGCACGACUUCACCCUAGUCACGGCAUUACCGGCUAUGGUCAUGGAGGACGACGUCAGGGAAAUGAAGAAAGUGUUCGCAACAUGGGGUCGUCGUAUGGGAAAAAAGCUCGACAUGUUAAGAAAACCUGACGGAAAAGAAGCUUCCCAAGAACAGCCUAGUAAUGAAAGCCUUAAUGAGGAGUCCCCAAGAAGCAUAGCUGGCCAGUUCAAGAAAAAGCAACAAUGGAAAAUGGAACGGAGCAGUUCUGAAACUACAUCCCUAAAAAGAGAUAACGACACUGAUUCCAUUCGAAGCGGAUCCCGAGACAGAUCACCUAGCCCUUUCAAAUCUUUCUUCCAUAGAAUGGGUUCAACGGGAAUGUUAAACUCAUCUAGGUCCCAAACACUAAAUAUACAUAAAACAUCAGAAAACAGUUAUCCGGUGGCAAGUGGACCGACGCUUUAUCGUAGCUGUUCAACUUCACAUCUAUCUACGUAUGUUAAGGCUGACGAUCCAUCUGAUGACAUUGAUUUACAGAACGCUGCUGGUGAAAAUAAAAAAUCUCCUUCAAAGAAUAAUAAUAUCUUAACUGAAGACGCGCUAGUGAAUUCAUCAAAGGCCAUUAGUUGUGAUAAUAUCCCUAAUCUUGAAGGUCAAGGUAAUGGUAUGUGUAAAAAACCAAACUUUCCAUACGCUUUUUUAAGAUCAAAAUUGUCGGUUCUACCAGAAGAAAACAGCAUGGCAUCACAACAACGAACGAGCAGCAUAAGGCAAAGUUACUCCGAAAGAAUAGAUAGAAAAUCACCAAAAUUUCGAAAAGACAGACUGUUUCUUUCCAAUUCUCGCUCCGAGGAUCGAUAUCAAAGCAACGAUAGCAUAUCGGUACACGAAGAUAUGUUGCUUAAUGCUGCCUUAAGAAAUGAAUACUCCGAUUUCAAUAGAAGUUCUAUGAGAAGUAUCAAUGAAAUCGACGGCACGUAUCCUGCACGACGUGUCGAAGAUGUUCAUCGCCGGUCGUCGAUGAUAUCCCAUAGGCCGCCUUUAGAUUACGACCCAAUGCUUAUACCAAGGAACCGAAACAGUUUACCAGUAUACGACUAUGGUCCGUAUUUUGGGUCGGUAAGGGACAUAAAAACGGAACUUAUGACAUCGUCGCAAAGUAUACAUCUCGGGCCAGAAAGCACUGAGAUUCUUCAGACUCAUCGACUAAGCAACUAUGUUAGUUCAAAUGAGUCUGGCUAUGACAGCGAUGGACGUCCUACAGAUGAACAUAGCAACCACUCACCGCCAGGAUACUCGAGUCAUAUAUCGCCAGGCACUGUGCGAGCAGAACCGAUUGAUACUACUGCAGAUGGAACACAUGGUAAUUUUUCGAGACAAUUGAGCUUAAAUCAUAAAAUCAACGUGAGUAGAGUGCAUGUGCCUGCUAGACGGAGUUCUACACCAUGUGCUUUAUUUCCGGUAGAAAAUAGCAUACCUUAUGAAUAUGUCAACAAUAACAGGGAACAGUUUCAUAAGUAUCCCAAUAAUCCAUUACAAGUCCUUGACUAUAAUAACGCCAAACCUCCGCCACUACCAAAAAAGACACUAAACAAAAAAAUACCUUUCGUUUAUAAAACAAUUACACUAGACGAACGUGUAGAAACUCGAAAAAUUAAAUUACUUCACUCUCAAGUAUUGCCAGUAGAACAUUCAUCGAAUCCCAAUCUCAGUACCUUAAUACCACCAGUGGACAAUGAAGGCCCCAGUAUUCCUGUACCAGAAACUGACAUUUUUGGACGGGGACCAUGUACAAAGCGGUUCAGAAAGUUAAGGUUAAUUAAAUCAAGAUUGGACGAAAGUCUCGGGGUUUAUUUAACGCAACACAGAGUAGACUUCGAUAACAGUGGGUCUAAUUUUGAGAUACGUUAUAUUGUGGUAAAACUGGAUUUUGAUGGCAUUGCGCAUAGGGAUGGAAGACUGCGGAUCGGUGAUGAAAUAGUUAAUGUCAAUGGAAAAGUCCUAAGAGGUUUAUCAUCACUAAAAGAAGUGCAGCAUAUUGUUAACUCAUGUUCAACUGAAGCAAAUUGUCAAGAAGGAGCACAAAAAUACCAAGUUGAUCUUGUUAUGGCUCAUGAUGAAAUUACUCCAGUAACAUUAAGUCGAAUAAUAAACAGACAAACUACCGAUCAAAAUAUAAUAGCGCCAUCUACAUCGAAUGUUCCGCCUGAUAUAAUUUCGGAAACCGUUCAUAAGCCUACGUCUUCAAAUCAAAUAACCAUUGAAACUCAUUUUCCUAGUGAAAACCAAUUUUACAAUAAUUAUAUAAGUGGUACCAAUACCACCAGCAAUAAUUACGAGCACAACACGCGACGACGAGAAACCGACAUCCUAGGAAACAAUAGUCCGUCAAUGCAACUAAAUCAAAAGAGUGAUGAUGAAAAAUUAUUAGAGAGAGCCUAUCCGACAUCGUCAGCCACAUUGCAAAAUAUCACAAAUAUUGAAAUAUCAAUGAGAUCUUCACCAACACCAAGAAACAGGCAUUCAAAUAAUUACAGACCUAUUUCUCUUCACAAUUCAAGGCUACCCCCGAUGGUUGAGCAGUAUUCAACAAGUAAUGAAAACGCAACAAAUGAGAUAAAGGAAAAAUCACCACAUUACAUCAAACAUGUCCCAAGAUUAUACCAAAACCGAUCGUUUGAAAGCAUUCCAGAACAACUUCUGAGAAGUAGCAACAGAAGCAGAUUUUUCAACAGGGUUGGUUCUCAACGCUGCUCUCCGAGCCAUGGCCAUGUGUCUCGUCAGCAAGAACACGCAUUAAUGCAAAACGACGUUCACCAAAGUGGCAUUUAUUCGAACAAUUCUUUGCACAUCGCAGAAUUCUGGAAAGGACCUGGUCAUAAAAGUUUAGGAUUUAGUAUCGUUGGAGGUACUGAUUCCCCGAAAGGACAAAUGGGAAUUUUCGUGAAAACCGUGUUUCCUAACGGACAAGCAGCUGAUAAGGGGACUAUCUUUGAAGGUGACGAGAUCUUGUCAGUCAAUAAUGUGCCGACCCGUGGACUGAGCCAUGCUGGCGCCAUAUCGCUUUUCAAACAAGUUAAAGAAGGAAAAAUUGAACUGACGCUUUCAAGAAGAAGAGCACCUAGGUCAAGAUCCGUGGAACCUCUGGGUAAUUUCCGCUGCGACAAUCUCAAGGAGUAAAUUCGAAAGAUGAAUGGCCGUAACGAAAACAGAAAGUUUGUAGGAAUUAUUAUCAAUAUUGUGCAAUACUUAAAAAACAAAGUAAUGUCGAAAAUGUAAUUUUUUCUCCAAUAAUGUUGAUAUAGUACCUUUCAGAAGAAUUGUGCGUUCGACGCAUAAGUUCGCAAGAUGAGAUAUUAUUAUGAGUUGUUUUCUUUCAGAAGCGAACUUAGUUUGCGACGUAGUCGCUAUACUAUAUGUACUAUAUAGUUAUUAUGUUUCAACUAUAGUACCUAUAAUAUUAAUUUAAUCUCAUAAGUUUCUCGUUGUUAAACGUUAAAUAUUUCAGUUUCUACUCUCCAACGAAACACGUAUUAUAACUGUGAGGUACCUAUAUAAUGUUCUUAUAAGCUUUUAUGUAGCUAUGCAUAGUUUAGUAAAUAGAUUUUAUAUCAUUUUAUUAUACAUAUUACGAAAUGUUGAUUGUAAAUAAUAUGUUGAAUUCAUACAGCAUUAAUGCAAAGUAUUGUUAUAGGACUUAAUAUAGUCGAAGACCUACAAUAAGACUGUAUUUAUGUUUAAUGUUUAUGAAAAACUACUAUAGAAUUUUGUAAUUUGUACGUGUAAUGUUCUUCGUUAAUAUUGUUUUGUUAAGCAAGCUAGAUCUCGUUGAAACCUAACCGAUAGGUAUACACCAUGCUAGUAAGAAUCAAUAUGUAGCUGUUGUGAUAGUCCAAGGUUUUAGUACAUCUAUGCCACUAGCAAUGAUCUAUGGUUUGUAGAUGCUCGUUGAUACGCUUUGUAUUUAUCAGGAGCCUUUGGUAUCAAUAAUGUGUACCUACUAACAUGGCAUGUACUCAAUAUUUUUUAUCAUAGACUGAUCUUUGUAAUUUGAGUAGGCACUUUAAAUACUACCAAAGUUAGACAUAAUCUCACAACAUUAACAGACUUACGAGUAUAAUCAUUUUCAACAAAUCCAUAGAAGGACGAAUAUUAAUAUUACAACCAAAAUAAUGCCUUUAGUUUUUCUUGUGCAAAUAAUUAACCUUCGCUCUCUUCAUUGAUGUUUUUGAUGAAAUUUAUAACUUCCAACUUUAUGAUUGUUUUCGCAGAGGCAUCAGCUGAGUCUAACUGCACGCACUGGCGAAUAAAAUGAAAUCAGGCUAAUACAUGUACAAUAAAAACUAAUGACAUACAGAACUUCUAAAUACACGCACACAGUCGUCUAAUUUAUAUUGAAUAUGGCAAUUCUAUACGAAACUAUUUCAAACGUGGUACUAGUAUAACUAAUUAUGAUAUCUAAUGCACCACUGGGUUUUCAAUUUAGAUGAGAUGACUGCACAAUAGUUAGUUAAAUUACAUGAUAAAUAAUCUGACCUGCUAAAAAAGUAAUGUUUAGUUUUUUUUUGGCGUGACGAUAUAAAAGUACGAGACUAAACUAACGAUAUAGACUUUUUAAAUGAAAUGUACAUAGGUAUAUAUGAAAAUAUGUAGGCCAAACAUAGUGUAAAAAUCAACCUCAUACGACGAUGCUUCCAUCCAUAUUACAACGUGCUUUUAAACGUAAGUUUAAUAUAUCUGUAACGAUUUGUUUUGUUUACAGUUUUUACACAAUACACCGAUUAGCUCCGUCCAAAUAAAUUGUUAAAAUGUCAAUUGUUCAAAAUAAGUAUAUACCUCAUCAUAUCCUCACCCUUUUCUUUAAUUCUGAUAUAUUUUGAAAUUUUUAAGACAACCCUAGUAAGGUGGGAUAUGUUAAUUGCAAAAACAUACCGCAACUUGCUCAUCGUGAGUAAUUUGCGCACAAGUACCUGUUUAGAGCAAAAUGUAUCAUUACACUGCGCAGGCCAUUGCAAAAUAGCCAGCCAAGUCAUUUCGCUGAAUCUUUUGUAUGCUACCCUGUGGUUUUGGUGAAUAUUAAUGCUGCUACAUCAUCAAAAUUUGGUACAAUUUUACAGUCGUUACGUUAACGUAAGUUUACGAGAAAAUUAACUAUUGAUAACUUGUAAUUAUUACAUAAAAAUAAUUAUAAUAAUACCACAAAUACAUUUGGACUAACCCGACGGAUAAUCGGAAGGAGAAGAAUAAAUUAAAAUUUUAAAAUUUGCAACAAGAAAUAAAUUCACCAAAUUUAUUUUUUACACUGAGCUCAAAGUGGCCCAUUCUGUCCAACAUUUUGAUAACAAAGCAGAAAUUUCUUUCAGUUUCAAAAAUUAAAAGCUCAUUGGGAUUUUU